AAAUUAAUUCUUAUAGCAGGAUUUACAUUCUUUUUGUGAAGCAGCUGAUAAUUGUGUGAAUUGUGGUUUAGUUUAAGAGAUUACAGAAAAAGUCAAGUAGUUCAGGCUUGUGAGAAUAACUAUUAUACAUAGAUGAUAUUAUACCCCAGAAAUAAUUUAAAUAAAAUUGAUGACUUUGAUUAAGGAGUCCCGUAGGUCCUAUUAUUUGUUAAAUGGUGUUAAGACAUUUUUUAAUGUUUUAUAAAAUAAUUUUUAUCAUCCUACAAGGAAGGUGUUGCGGCGGCAGCAGAUUCUGCAGAACGCACGCCCUCUUGAGGACAAACGUGCAUUUGCGUCAACUUAAAAUAAUCGUUCUACAUUAAUUUUCCCUCCACUGGGAGGCGUGUUGAGCCGAAUCCACUUUGAGAUAUUUUGUAUAUGGGCAACUACUGUUUGAAUGCUAAAACAAUUAAUAAACAAAGUAAUAAAUAAAUAUAAAUAACUUAGGCUUUAAUUGAAGACUCUUCAUCUGUUCACCCACCUUUUCUCAUCCUUCUAAAGUUCAAUAUUCCUAACUUGACAUUGAGUUUUCUUUGUUUGUUUUUAUAGUACGUUAACAGUGUAGCUGCUACACUGUGUAACGUGUUUCGGGAGCGUGCACGGGGGCGCGCUACGCGCGGAGCGUCCUUUUGGUAUCCAUGGAAACCCCGGACAGCAACAAGAGCGCGGCGACAGAAAGUGUCCUGUCUGAGAGUCAUCUCUCUUCCACACCGCUGCCCAGAGUUGUCUAACAGCUGUUUGGAGGGAGACCGUCAUUGUGUCUGAGUUUCUGCAGGUCGAUCAGGUUGGUUACAACUGAAUGAUCCUGGACGUUUCCUUCUGGGGGAGAGAUGGAUACCAGCUCUCAGACACUUCCACCCUUGUCUCCAUUUCCCACCACUUUUGUAGGCUCUCUGCCCUUCUCCACCUCCUCCUCCUCCUCCUUGGAGCAGACCUACUCCAGUGGCCAUAUUUCACUCCCUCUCUCACCUAUUUCAUUCCCCCCGUCUCCUUCCUCCCUGUCUCCAGCCACAGCAGAGUCCACCCACUCUUCCUUCUCUCCACUCUCACACUGCACAGCAUCGCAGUGCCUCGAAGAACAAACCAUCAAAUUCCUCAACCCUGCAAAUGUUUCUGACCAGGAUGACCUGACCUGCCUUAACUGGCUACAUCAGAGGGGCAACCUGCUGCCACUGCAGCCCCUCCCCAAAAUACUGCCUCAGCUGGAGUCAUCCGCACACACUCAGCCUCCUUCUCCUGCCUCCUCCAAACCGCCUUACUCUUUCAGUAGUCUGAUUUUCAUGGCAAUAGAAGACUCGCCAGACAAGAGGCUUCCGGUGAAAGACAUCUACGAGUGGAUCGUGAACAACUUCCCCUACUACAGGACAGCCUCGGGGGGCUGGAGGAACUCUGUCAGACACAAUCUGUCCCUGAGCAAGAGCUUCAGCCGCAUCCAGAGAGACAAGGGCCAGUCGGUGGGGAAGGGAUCCCUGUGGUGUGUUUGUCCCGAGUAUCGGCCUGCGCUGCUUGAAGUACUUAGGAAGACCCACAGUUAUCACAGCACUAAUAGCAAUUUGAUCAACAAGCCUGCACUGUUGGAAGAAACUGACUAUGAGGUUCCUGCAGUGUGUGACUCUAUGGAAAUCUCAGAUUCUCUCUGUCAGACUCUCCUCCUCUCUAUUCCUUCACCCCAAACUCUGACCUCUGAUAACCCAGCCUUUGGUGAAAACCCACCAUACCUUCUGACCCCCGACCACGAGGAGCUUGUCACCAUGGAGUCAACUGAAUACCAGCAGGAAGAGAUCAUUGAGGACAUGGAGAAAGACCCUCUGGCAGACAGUGGCUACAUCGAGUUGCACUACUACCAGUCUCAGGAGUUCCAAUACCUGGUGCUGCCCGGCGACACCGAGCUGGACCUGGAGACUGUGGAGAUCCUUCAGUUGGACGCUGAAGCGCAGGAGGCUGCUGGAUCACUGCUGGACCUGGCAGGUGGUGGAUAUUGAUUAGAUAUUCCAUGUUACAGACACAGUUGAAGCUAAUGCUCCUGUCAGCUUUGAUUGAACCGUUAUUUUCUUUAAUUGGCUGGUUCUUUGUGAAACACCAAUACUGCCCAAGACAUGUGUAUUGUUGUGUAGUUAGUGUACAAUUAUAGACGAUUUUAGUAAAAGACUAAUUUAAAUUAAGUUGACAUCGUUAUCAGGUGUGUAACCAGGCACUUUCAUCGCAGGACCUGGAGUCAAACAGGAGAGAAACAAACUUUAAGCCGAACCAUUUUAAACAUAUAUCAUGAUAUUUUUUAACUGAGUAUUCAUGAAACAUAGUAUUCAUUACAACAGGUUUCAAAUACAUUAUUGAUAGUAUAUGCAGGAAUUUACAUAAAAACAUUUCAGUUAUAUUAAAGGGCCACUAGUAGUGUAUGACGGUUUGUUCAUAUUGUAAUCAUACACUUUGCAAGUGUUCAGUAUUUUUUAGGUGGAAAUGUUGCCAGUAAGAAAUAGAAACUCUAGGUAGCAAUAAUGUAACCUAUAGAAGUUAUUUAAAAGUGGAGAAGGGUCAGAAUCAGCUCAUAAAUGAGACUACAGCACCCCCGCCAGGAUGGGAGGAGAACUACCAAAUGCAAACACAACAUUCCUGCAUAUUCAACUUUAUAAGUCCAUUCUCAGGUCUGGUUUUUUGUUUUGUUUUUUGUUUCAGCUUUUAAUUAAAAAAAACUCAUGAUAAAAAUGGGUAUUUAACACUGUGGUGGUGUGGUUUAACAACUGUGGGUCAAGACCCAAACACCAGUAAUAGGGCAAUGUUGGGUUGCAGGGCUGAACAAUACCACAUGACCAGUUUUUUAAAAAGAAUUUUAGCCUUUGCUUAAAAGAAUGUGUAUUACUGAAAGUUUUUGUGUAGUAAAUUAAAGUAUGUAGGAAAUUAGGUUGGAAGUGAAAGACUCAGGGUCCCAUGACUAGAUCAUUAAGAAACCACUGAUAUAAUGUAGUAUAAUGAUGUUUCCCAGAAAAAAAAAAUCAUAUCUAGGGCUUUUAGAGAAUAUACUAAGCAGCGGACUAAAUCAUUUCAUUUUAUUUCAAACAUACAAAUACUUCACAUUGUGAUUAAUUUAUGUUAUUAAUUAUUUAAAUCAAUAUUUGCUUCUUUAUAAGCAUGGUUUAAGUAGUUGUGUGUAAAAUAUUUAUUUAAAAUGUAGGCCUUCAUGUAGACUGUACUGAAAACGUAAGGCAGCACUACUUAGUGUGUAGUCACACUGCUAUAGCAUUUAUUUUUAUAUCCAAUUGGUUUACUCACAACAAUUGUUACGUUGUGUUCUCCUGAUUUUUAGUGUCCACUUGAUUUGACAACCUGACUGUGAUCUAGUGAUCAGCUUAGCUGUAAGAUCUUCGAGUUAUUUUGUAAGACCAUCUCACUGCCAUUGAAAGACACUUACACUUACAUACCAAGACACACUGCUUCUCUCUUAAUAAAAUGGUAUGUUUUUUUUUUUUAAAGCUGGAGAUUUUGUAAUCUAACAAAUAAAAUCCUUUUUGUUCUUGUAUAUCACAA